CCUAAGUCAUACAAUAUUAAUCUCUUUCCCUAAUUUGAGGAAAAAGAUUAAUCAAUUAUUUUAAUUAUGGCAAUAAUUACAAAGCUUCUUUUUCUUUGUUUUCUUGUCUUCUUCUUUCAUCAUGCUAAUGCACAAAACCUUGCACUCAAUUUCUAUAGAAGGACAUGCCCUUCUGUUGAAUCUAUCGUAAAUCGGACGACUGCGAGUUUCAUUUCCCGUGCACCGUCUCUUGCUGCAGCACUCCUCCGGAUGCAUUUCCACGAUUGUUUCGUUAGGGGAUGUGAUGGAUCCGUACUUUUGAACUCGACCGCAAAUAAUACGGCUGAGAGGGAUUCGAUACCGAACCUGAGCCUUAGAGGCUUCCAAGUAAUUGAUGCCGUAAAAACUGCAGUGGAGAGAAGUUGCCCUAGAACAGUUUCUUGUGCCGAUAUUCUUGCUUUAGUUGCUCGAGACGCAGUUUCGCAGAUAAAGGGACCGUUUUGGCAAGUACCGUUGGGACGAAGAGACGGAAAUGUGUCGAUUUCCAACGAGGCGUUGACUAAUCUCCCACCUCCGUUUUUCAACGCCACUCAGCUCGUGGCAUCAUUUGCUGCAAAGGGAUUAGAUGUUAAGGAUCUUGUUGUCUUGUCAGGAGGGCACACAAUAGGGGUUUCACACUGCUCAAGCUUCACGACCCGAAUAUACAACUUCACGGGAAGAAACGACGCGGACCCCACAAUGGACCCGAACUACGUGGCAGCACUAAAGGCGAGAUGCCCGCCUACGGACACGACCACCAUAGUUCAGAUGGACCCGGGUAGCUUCGACAGAUUCGACACGGAUUACUACACAAUCGUAAGGAAAAGAAGGGGUCUUUUCGAGUCGGACGCAGCUCUGCUACGCAACAACGUGACCAAUGCGUACGUGCAGCAGCAUUCGAGUUCAUCGGGAUCGUCCAGUUUCUUUCAGGACUUUGCUGCAUCGAUGGUCAAGAUGGGCCGGAUUGGGGUGCUGACCGGAACAGCUGGUGAGAUUAGGAGGAUUUGUUCUGUUGCUAAUUAAUUAAUUUAUUUAUUUUAAUUUCUUAAAUUUGUGUGGAAGUUUUUAGGGUAAUCAAUAAUUUGUGAGGUGGUUGAGAUCAUUUAAGGGUUUUUUUUUUUUUUCUUUUAAUGGUUUGUAAUUGUAUGUCAUGAAUAAAUGUCUUCUACUUGAAAGUAAGUAAUAAAAUUAUGUUAUCUUUUAUAUUUUCU